AUGGUAAAUUCUGAUAAAAGAGACGACAUGAAUGAAUCUCCAGCUAGUGAUGAUUAUUUGACCUUCGAAAACCAAGGUCACGAACUCAACACUAGGCCAACCACAACUACCAAUUCAUCAUCUGUACCACCAGUUUCAAUUCCAUCCGCCACUGUAAAUGAUACUGUAAUUACUUCAGCUAGAUCUAAGAGGACUAAAGCUGUAAUAUACAUUUCUCUGGGGUGCCUUCUAAUUACAGCUAUUGUUUGCACAUUAGCAUUUAUCAUUAAAAACACAUCCGACAAAUGUUCCCUAAGAAAACAUCACACUCGAGAGACUAAACUUGAUGGGAAAGGUCUAGACUACCAAAGUUUGGUUGAUUUUAUAAAUGGCACCGAAGUUUUACCCAUCCCUGUCGCCACUGGCUGUCUUUACGACAAUGAGUCCAUUGCAGAUUUCAUUGCUUAUUCACUAGAAAAUGAGAAGACUGAUCAGAUUAGCCACGAGAUUCUUUAUUACAAUGCCUUUUAUAAUUUCGCGACCAGGCACAACAAAAUAUAUGCCAACUACGACGAACUUGUUAAGCAUUUUUUGGUAUUCAGAAGUAACUAUCAGAUGAUUAGAACCCAUAAUUCCACUGAAUCAACCUAUAAAAUGGAAAUAAAUAAGUUUGGAGACAUGGAAUACAAUGAAUUUAUCUGUACUAAAAAUGAUAGUAAUACCGGCGGUUCAAGUCUUAUCACUGAUAUUGUUGAUUAUUUUAAAGGUAUGAUUACACCUUCUGGUGAUAAUUCCAAAAAAAUACAUGGUGAUAGCUCUAAACAUGGUAAGGAACAUGGAGUAGAAGUAAAAGGAGACGAAUUUAAAUCAGACAAGAGUACGGCAUUUAACCUAAAAUUUAGUAUUGAUUAUCAGAAAAAUGGAAUAUCUAGCGAAGUUUAUGAACAAAACAAAUGUGGCGAUUCAUUUGCCUACGCCAUAGCAAGUGCCAUUGAGGCUAACUACAAGAAAUCAUCCAACUUAACAUUGUCUCUCGAUGCCGAGAGCCUUAUUAGUUCCAUUCCCACUAGUGAAGCCAACCCCAUUAAAGCAAUGGAAUACGUACUUAAAAAUGGCAUAUCCAAACGAAAGGAUGAGUCUAAGGCCGACGUACCCAACGCUGAUACUAAGGUUUCCAUCAAGAAUUACACUAAGGUCGAUCAAAAUAAGAUUUUAGAGACACUUUCUAAUGGACCAAUAGUAGCCAACAUAUCUACAUCAUCUCACAUCCAAUUCUACAAAAGUGGAGUCUACCCUUGCUUAUCCACCGAUGGUUCUUACCAAACAGUAUUGAUUGUUGGCGUUGGUUAUGAUGAUGAAAGCAAAAAGUAUUACUGGAAAGCUAAAAAUUCCAGGGGAAAAAAUUGGGGCAAUGAAGGUUAUAUAAAAUUGGAAGUUAACAAUGGUACCAAAGGUUGCAAAUUGACUGAUGCAAUAUUUCCUAUUGUAAAAUAA